CAUCAAUUCUUAGGCCGCUUUGAAAAAAACAUAAAAUAAAAAGAAAAGUGUAGUAACAAUAAUAAUAAAUAGAAAAAAGUAACGGUGAUUAGCUAAGAAGAAGAAGAUGAUGAUUCACACAAUUCCCAUCUUCCAAUUUGGCCCCUCCCAUCUCCAAUCACACCACCUCCAUCCCCAUCUCCAAGCUUCCACCUUUACUACUGCAGCUUCCACUUCCGGUAAUCUUGCUGCUCUGCCGAACCCAACAUUCCAUAGUUAUGGGCGUGCUGCUGCCUCUGGGGGUCGCCCAAAUAGCAAUUGGUGGGUACUUCGGAGUAAUAACCCCACGGCGGUUGCUUCCUCUGCGCUGGAGUUACAAUCAGCUUCCAACGUCGUCAGAAAAUUCUAUGACGGAAUCAACCGCCGCGAUUUGGCCUCAGUGGAUGACCUUAUUUCCCUCAAUUGCAUCUACGAGGACCUUGUUUUCCCUCGACCCUUCAUCGGCCGCAAGGCAAUCCUUGAGUUCUUUAAGCAGUUUAUGGAUUCCAUCAGCACAGAUUUGCAGUUUGCUAUUGAUGAUAUAUCCGAGGAGGAUGCCUGUGCUGUGGGGGUAACUUGGCACUUAGAUUGGAAGGGAAAACCUUUUCCUUUCAGCAAAGGAUGUAGCUUUUAUCGUUUGGAUGUAGUGAAUGGCCAGAGGCAAAUAGUUUAUGGAAGAGACUGUGUCGAGCCUGCCAUCAAGCCUGGAGAGACGGCUUUGGUAAUUAUCAGAGGAGUCACUUGGCUGCUGCAGAAAUUCCCAUAUUUGGCUGACCGGUUAUAAUUGAAGCAUGAUCGAUGCUUGUUACACUGAAGAGAUUGUAUAAUAUAGUUAGUAGCUAUUCAAUUGUAUAGCGGGGUGGGUGCUGGGAUGAACAAUGUAAUCCAGAUUUGAAUUUGAUACGCAAGCUUAUAGUUCAUUCUCCUAGUAACACCAUUGAGACAUACUAAAUUGUAAACAAUAUUCUAAGUCAUAGUUUUGCAUGCUUGUGUCAUCUACAUUGUUCA